AUGCCCGUCGCUUUCGUCGCAGCCUACGAGAAGGGGUCCAAUGUGGACAAAGACUACUAUGUCAACAAGCAUAUCCCACUUGUGACCUCAACCUGGAAUGAUCCGGCCAUGGUGCGCUGGACGGCAGCCACGUCUCUGACCGACGACGACCCGUACGAGGCCGUUUUCCAGGCGGUAUUUGAGAGCAAGGAGGCUCUGGAAAAGUCGCUGAAGGACUUGGGUGAGGAGAAGAAUGCUUCCUUCUACGAGGAUGCCAAGAAGUUCUCAACCAAGGAGCCCAAGGUCUAUCACAUGGAGAUCCGGGCGACUUCUAGCUCCUAG